AUGGCCGCUCACACAUUUUGGCAAUAUGUUCGCCUCAAAAUCAUAGUCACACUACUACGUCUUGUAAAUCAGGUCGCUACACGUCCUCACUUCAAACCCUCACCGACCUGCAACCGCAAGUUUGUGCGUAUCCCAUCACGCGAUUUAAAUCGCUUCAUAGAUGCAUGGAUCUACUACCCCCAAAACUAUACUGACGGCGAUAAACGCGGCAUUGUUAUCAACUGGCAUGGAGGUGGAUGCAUGUUGCCGAACUUGGGUAUGGACCAUGAAUUUUGCGAGCGGGUAGCUGUGGAGAGGGACAUUCUUGUUCUCGAUGCAGAUUAUCGUAAAGCACCAGAUGAUCCCUUCCCUGCCGCUAUUGAAGACGCCGAGGAUACGUUGCGAUGGGUUGAGAGCCAGUCGCAUCUAUUCGAUCUCGACCGUGUUGCUUUAUCUGGUUUCAGCUCAGGUGGAAACUUGGCAUUGGUUGCCUCCUCUGAACUGAGACGCGAGUUUAAGCACAUCAACAUUCGAGCGGUAUACUCGUUCUACCCAGGUGUAGACUUCAUCAUCCCACCUGAACAAAAGAUAGUCGCGGAUCCCAUCCGACCACUGCCAUUUUGGUUCCAACGUCUUAUCACAGAAGCAUAUCUUCCCGGAGCUGAAGACUGCAAAUCACCCAGGGCAUCACCCAUGUAUGCUGACGCAGUGUCUUUUCCUUCAUAUGUUAUGCUGUUCGCCUGCUCGGGUGAUAUAUUUGCACCAGAGAUCGAAGCAUUUGGGGAGAAACUGACGCGAGGUGGUAUUGAUGUUGAAGUUGUCAAGGUUCAGGGGGCUCACGCGUUCGACAAAGCAACCAGCCGUGAUUUCUUUAACCCUGAUGCGAGAGAUAUGGCGUACUCAAAGGUUUUGAUGAGCUUGAAGGAUGUUCUGUAG